AUGCUCGUCGAUGGCUUUGAGUUGCCCUGUGCGGCGACAGCCGUGUUCGUUCUUCACUAUGUCUUCAUCGAUACCUUUGCUGUUGGCGCUGCGCGCACACCUUAUCAGCUGAAGUACCCCUUCACCACGGAGACAGAAGAUCCAAAGAUGCUGGAGCCAUUUAUCCGUGCCUUGCGUGCCCAGCAGAAUCAGGUGGAGCAGGCUUGGGCAUUCUUCCUGUCGAUGUGGGUUUGCGCGCUGUUCGUGGACGCAACCUUCGCUGGGAGUGUCGCUUGGAUCUGGGUCCUCGCACGUGUCGCGUAUGGCUACAUGUAUCGCGUGAGCCCGAGCCGAAACCGGCUAAUGUGGGCCACAAUACCUGCUUACGCCGCUCAAGCAUCCGUCUGCGGAGGCAUCCUGACCGUGUUGAUGCCCUUCUCGCGGCCCGUGGCAGCCGCCAGCUCUGCUUUGAUUGUGUUGGCCUUCGCUACCUAUGGCUGGUUUAUCUACCGCAGCUGGUUCGGAAAUGGCCGCCCGAGCCAGAUGGAAAGCUACAUCGGGGAGGGCUUCAGGCCAAUUGCCAUCAUCUUGCCCCUAGCGCUUGGAUCCCUGUCCUUCGCGCUGUCCGCCCUGUCCUUCGCCCCGUCGAGUCUGACGGCACCCGGACCGGGACUGGGACGAGUGAAAACCGUUGCUGCUGCCGCUGCCACCGGUACUUCCACCGCGACUUCCGACGCCUCAGAGGAGCGGCAAGAGGCUGCUCGUCGGCUUCUACAAGACAUCCUCAAAGUCGUGAGCUCAGCGGGCCUCGAGGCGGGCGCUGUCCGUGGUCUGCAAGCCGUCCGGGCCACGGUGCAGACCGCCUUGGAGGCUGCACAGCAAAACGAGCUCCAAGAGGCGCUGCGGGCAGUGCAAGGCCUGGCCCGUGGUGAGAAAAUCGAUGAUGCCCCGCUGGCGCGGCUCCUGCGUCGGCUCUUUCAGAGGCUGGGCAGCACCUAUGUGAAGCUUGGCCAGUUUAUCGCGUCCUCACCCACGCUCUUCCCGGAAGCUUACGUACGGGAGUUCCAGCGGUGUUUGGACCGCACGGAGCCCACCAGCUUCGCGGCCAUCAGGCGUACGCUCGAGGCCGACUUGGGGCGUCCUGGCUCUAGUUCAGAUUCUUCAGGUCUCUUUCAGCCACUCUUCUCAGCAGCCAGGCUUCCGUCGCACAGUGAGGUUCUGCAGACAGGCGAGCAGGUCGCGGUGAAAGUGCAGAAACCUGGCGUGGACUCGGUGCUCAAGGCAGAUUUGGGCUUCCUCUUCCUUGCUGCCCGGACGUUAGAGUUCUUGAGCCCAGACCUUGCCAGAACAUCCGUGGUCGACAUCAUCUCAGAAAUCCGUUCCUCAAUGUUGGAUGAGCUGGACUUCACCAAGGAGAUGGAGAACGUGGAGACAUUCCGCCAGUUCUUGUGCAGUAACGGCCUCGAGCGCAUCGCUGCCGCCCCCAGGACAUUUCCGGAGGCGUCGGGCAAGAAGGUGUUGACGAUGGAGCUUUUUGUGGGUGUGCCGCUCACUGACCUUGAAGGCAUUCGCCAGUACAGCAAGAAUCCUGAGCAGACGUUAAUCAACGCACUGAACGUGUGGUCGCUUUCUGUGAGGGCCUGCGACAUAUUCCACGCAGAUGUGCAUGCAGGGAACCUCCUGGUGCUACAGGACGGGCGUGUGGCUUUCAUUGACUUCGGCAUUGUUGGGCGCAUCCCGCCUCGCAUCUGGUCGGCUGUGGAAGGCCUCGCUAUGUCCUUGGCAGUGAAUGACGCCCGGGGCAUGGCGAGGAACCUGAUUGCCAUGGGGGCCACGGAUGCCGCGGUCGAUGAGUCUACCUUGGCCUCCGACGUGGCCAACGUGCUGUCGAGGAUCGCAGGCUUGGAGCCCGAGGUGGUUUUGCGAGGAAAGGGCGAUGGCCGCUUGGUCGCUGAGGUCGCCCUUGACAACGAGCAGGUCACCGAGCUCCUGCUUGAUGUGAUCCGUGUGGCCGACAAGAAUGGUUUGAAGCUGCCUCGAGAGUUUGCCUUGCUCAUGAAGCAGGCUUUGUAUUUCGAUCGUUACACGAAGCUUCUGGCACCGGCCGGGCCCUGGCACGAAUCCUUCAAAUGUGGCCAAGAGACCCAACAGCUCGUGGAGGAUCUGGAUCCUCUGCGGGACUCUCGCGUGACUCUCGGGAAAGGCCAAGGGGUGGAGGAGCAUCUUGAGAGCAGAGCAGUGAGCAGUACCAUGGCGUUAGAGUCUCGAGCCGUCAGCUUUGGCUCAGCCCAGCAGUCAGUGGAGAGUUUGAUCCAAGAGGGAGCCAUAGCGAGCCUUAUGGGAGCAGUCAACAGUGCGCAAAGCACAUCGCUGGAGAGUCAACAGGCGAUGCAGGCGACGCAGGCGGAGAGCUGCUUAGAACUCGAGAUCCGAAGCCUGUCACAGCAGAUCAUGGUCUCAGUAUUUCCGACCACGACCUGCGCGGACCUCGCUGCGAUUAUUGAAGCUAAGCUAGGACUCUCCACGGAGCUGCAGGACUGGGUGCCUGAGUACGAGAGCGCCGGCUCGGGCGGCUCGGGGGACAGGCGGCUUCCGCGGCUUCCGCGGCCACGGCCAAGCUCCUCACAGACUCUCCUGGCAGAGCUGGCGGAGCCUCCGGCGGAGCUCGGGGAUCUUCAAAGGCUUCCGCGGUCUCUUACGGUCCUCCACAUUGGCUUCAAGCCAUUGGUUUGCCUGCCUGAACGCUUCUUGAUUAAGCUGUCUUCCUGCAGACGAAGACUAACUGGCUGCUCCAGUGCUUUUGCCAGCCUAUACAAGAUCCGUGGUGACAGGGCAGCGAGCCAGAUGGUGCUCGAGCCGUGGAGGAAGAAUGAUCAUGACCAGUUCAUCUACAACAUACGGGAUGGCAUCAAAAAGUCCAUACGAAGCCACUGGAUGUCUGGAUCUACGGAGACGGAGGAGGCCUUGUUGGAUGACCCCUUGACCGAGCUGAUGCAGACCUGGCGUUCUGCUGGCUGUCGCGGGUGUCGCGCUGAGGCAUCCGACCGCUUCUGGAAGGACGCAGAGAUCGCAGAGAUCUCGAGCGCGGACGCCGCGGACGCCGCUUGCGCCGCUUGCACGGUUGCCGUUGCAGGGCGUCCGAACUAUGCCGCGGUGCCAGGUUGGUUCACUGCCCCCCCUGAUUGCACGGAGAUCAUCUGCGAGAUUGUGAUUGGCCCCGUGAAGAUCCUUCGCCUCCUCAUCAACCAGGAUGGCAAGGCGGUCCGAGCUGCCGUCUUCAGCAAGCGGUCAAGUCCGCUGCACGAGGAGAUCGAGGAGUACGAUGUUGAAGUUCAGGAGCUUACCUCAGGCACAACCGUGCCCUAG